GGAAAGUUUCCGGAAAGUUUCCGGAAAUUUACCGGAAACUUUCCUCCCCUUUGCAACCCUAGUCCAGACACUAUUCUACAGACAUUUACUGGAGUUCAUGUCUGAAACGUGUCUGUGUAGUUCAGAUGGUUCACCACUAGGUGGCUCUGAUAUCGAACAUGCACAAGUGGGCGUGGCCAGGUCUCACCUAACGAUGGUUGUUAUGGAGGAUUCGUCCUCUGUGGUUUUGGCGGAUUGUGUCAGAUUCGUGCUUCACGUCUUUUAUUCUUCUGGUCCGAUGAUUUUUUCUUUGUUCCUCCCCAGGCUCCGCCCCCUCUGCCCCCCCUCCCCCACACCCAUCAUGCCUGUCCUCAAGAACCUCCCCCUGCGCCUGAAGGGCGGCGCUCCGACUCUCGACAACGCUUGGAUCCUGCGCAGGAUGAGCCUGAACAUCACCCCCCAACGCAGCCCCUUCGACGACGACAGCCUCCACGACAACAGUGGCCAUGGCAACCAGUGGUCACCCGGCAGCUCGCUCCUGGACGGCGAGGUGCCGCGGGACCGCAACCCCUUCGAGGACGAAGAGGACGAGAAUGAGGCCAACGAAGGGAAGAAGGGAGGAGGAGGCACGGCCAAGAGUUCCUUCAGCUUCAAGUCUCCGCUGAAGAGUCUCGGGAAACUGGGGAAGACGCUGCGAGCGUCCGGGAGGAGCAAAGGAAGUGCCACGCCCUCCCCACAGGGGUCACUGCAGGGCACGCCGUCACCUGCAGAGAAGAAGAAGAGAGGAAGGAGGAGCUCUGAAGGAAGUCUGCUCAGGUUUGCAGGGAAGUACCGCGACACGCUGAGCUCCUACAAGGACUCGCUCACCAACGGCGAGCCGAGCGGUGCCGAGGGCGAGGGCGACUCCACCAGCCGCCGCCUGUCCUUCAUGCAGAGGGUCGGCCUGGGGAAGGGCAAGAAGGAGUCCGUGGUCGACCACGUGUCCCAGGGGCCCGAGGAGCAGCCGGUGCAGGAGGAGCCGGUGGAGGAGGUGAAACCCCGAGAGCCGCUGUCAGUCCUGGAGAUCCUGCAGCUCGUGAAGGGGCGUGACCUGCUGCUGGCCGACUCCCACAUCCUGGAGCUGGAGCAGGAGUGUAACGAGUCGGCCGGCGCCGAGCGGGGGGGCGCCGCCACGCAGCCGGAGGACGGCGGCGCCAACGUGAAGGACAGCGAGCGCAGGAAGGCGAAGGACGUGGAGCUGCUGUACGAGGAGCUGCAGAAGGAGCUGUGGGCGGUGGUCCGGGAGUCUCUGAGGACCCCCACCGCCGGGCCCAACCUGGGCCUGGUGGUGCAGGUGCUGCAGCAGGAGGAGCAGGCGGACACAGACUGGGCCCUCAGUGGGGGGGCAGCCCCUGGGGGUCCGAGGCCUCGGCAGCUGAAGCAGCGGUGGAGGGAGGCGGUGGAGGAGGCGGCGGACGGCUCGCUGCCCCAGAGGGCGGAGUUCACCGCCGGCGAGCUGGACGGUUACCUGGGCCGCCUCCGCGCCCGGGUGGUGGAGGACCUGGGCGCCGCCAACAGGAACGUGGUCGCCAUCUACCCCGAGGAGUACCAGGCCUUCCAGGUGUACGUGCAGAGUUACCAUCAGGCGGUUGCUAGGCGACUGGAGGCCAUCACCGACAACCAGCUGGAGAUCACAGACAUCUACUCGCUGCUGAACUGGCUGCACAACGUCUACGACAGUGACGUUCUGGGGACCGUGUGCAUCACGAGUCCGUUCAGUCGCUCGCAGCUCAGCUCUCUGCUGCCCCUAGAGACCGUGGACAGACUGCAGCUGGACUGCCUGAACUCCGUCAGGGCCAAGGUGACCACGGAGCUGAGCCAGGUGCUGGACGAGGAGGAGAAGCGAUGGAUGGAGACGCUCCACAUCGAGGAGUUCCACAUCACGCUGGCCAAGACCGUCAUGCAGCGGCUGCAGGUGGAUCUGGAGCGCUCGGCCUCCAUCACCCGGAGUCUGGGCUCCAGGGUCGCUCAGUGCUGCCUGAACGGUCUGGCCGACUUCCUCUACAGUUUCCAGCGUAAAGUGGAGAUGUUCCACGAGGGGAUGCAGAGCGGGAUGUUCGGAGACAACGAAGACGGAUACGUGUCCAAGACCAUCGCCCUGGUGAACUGCUGUCCACCGUUCAGGGGUUUCGUGCAGCGCUGUGCUCAGUGUGAUCCGUCGGUCGGUGAGGACUCUCUGCAUCGAGCCAAUAAAGCUCUGGAUCACAUCGUUCAUCAGGGAGUUCGAGUCCUGUCAGAACGACUCUACCUACACAUCAGGCCGUUCUUCGAGCGGCUGGUGAAGAGGAAGUGGCUCAGUAACUCGGAGCCGUACGAUCAGAUCGAAGCGCUCAUCAAAGAUCACUUUAAGAAAUAUCACAGGAUGGACAGUCCUCCGUAUCAGCUGCUGGUGGCCGAGGUCCACCGCAGGGUGGUCAUGGAGUACCUUCGCUCGGUCAUGCGAGGCAGAAUCCUCUGCACGUCCAUGAAGAUGAGGAAGAGGACGGCCGGGCGUCUCAGGGACGAAGGCACAAGGAUCAAAGUCCUCUUCAAAGACCUGGAGUCUCCGUCCAGCUGGUUGGACAGCGCGCUGUCCCACAUCUCAGAGAUGGUCCAGCUGGAGGACGUCCCCUCCGUCCAGAUGGAGGUGGGGGUGCUGGUCAGGGAGUUUCCAGACGUCAGGAAGAAACACGUGUCGGCCAUUUUGAACAUCCGGGGGAUGACUCGGCAGUCGGAGCGCCAGGAGAUCCUCAACAUCGUGAAGGACCUGGAGAGCAGCGAGGGGGGGGGCAGCGCGGCGCGGCUGGCCCGGGAGCGCGGCCUCUUCUCCGAGGUGCCCGUGACCUCGGAGGUCCACUGCCUGAACGUGGGCCUGAGCCGCGUGGCGCUCACCGCCUCGUCCUGCUUCACCGCGAUGAGACCACGCCCACGCAAGGCCCGCCCCCCCGUCCAGGAGAACGCCGACGACCUUCUCUGAGAGCAGGCACCAGGUUCACUUCUUCCAUCUGACAGGAAGUGAAAGCAUCAGAGCAAACAACAGAAGCUCGUCAUCAAUCGUGUGAACGUCUUUAAAUUCAACUGAAUCAACGAGAUCGGAGAUCGGAGCCUUUUCCUGUCGGAUCUGUUUGUGUGUGUUUGAUUCGCUGAUCACUGAGUCCAGCAGGCGAAACCCGGGUGGGACCUGACGUCAGCUGAUCAGGAAAUAAUAAUAUUCAGAGGCAGAAAUCCCAGGGGAUUCAUUUCAAAGCUUCACCGUAAUAUUUCCAAUCAACACACUGAGAAUAAUGAGUCAGCAGAUCAGCGACAUGUGAGGUGUGAUGAAAAGAAAGAGACACUGACAUGAUCGUCACAUGUUCCACAGGUUCCACUUCCUGUUUGUCAUGAAUCACCUGCAUCAUGAUUUUAGAUUUGAUGAUUUCUGAUUUGAUUUGUUUGUUCAAAUAUGAGACGUGUUCAGCUUCAUCGCUGUUUGAUUUCUGGACUUUGAGCUGAAAGGCACUUUAUCAAGAGAGCAGUUCUCUGGACUGAAGUGGACUCUGGACUGAGGUGGACUCUGGACUGAAGUGGACUCUGGACUGAGGUGGACAAAGACCAGAACUAGAGGACUUGACCACAGUUCAGUUCAGCAGCUCAUGGUCCUCCUCUGCUUCCUGUCGUUCAGGAUCUGGACUGACAGAGACCUGCUCGCUGGUUUUUAUACUUCAGGGUUUCACAGGAGUUUGUUUUGGGGUGUCUGGUUUUUUUUGACAUGGAGAUGCUUCAUGACAAUAACUGCACAGUCGUAGUUUUAUUGUUGCACAGGAUAUAAGAGAAAAGACAUUUUAAUCAAAGGUACUAGACAAAGAGUUGUGAGUCUCUUCAGCUGAUUGUGUAUUUAAAGCAUUGAUUAAAGCUCCAGCUCGUGGGUGUGAUGAGGUUUCUGAUAAAUUCUUCAGAGAUAAACACAGGUUUAUUAUUUGUGUAUUAACAGACUUUUACUUCAGAAUAUGUGAAACCAGAGGGAGGGCUCCCUCUGCUGGUGUCUGACGGACAUCACACAAUCUUCUGAUUCUAUGUUUCCUCAAAUCAGUGGUUUUUCAGUUUGUGAACAAACUUUUCACUGAUCUUUUUAUUCAGUUUUUCCAGGAACAAUGAGAUCUCCAUCAUCACAAACCUCUUCCAGCCGACACUCAGACACACACUUUACACUGUGUCGAUCAUGUGUCUGUCUCCUGUUGAUGUGGAUGCAUGAAAUACAACUUUGUGUAGAGAAUAAAACAUCAGAUCAC